UAACACUCUUCCCUCAACAGCACAACUAGUCCUGUCACGAGGCUUGAAGGCUCUCCAUUGUGCGGAAGAAGAUCUCGAAACCAUGAACAGACGUGGCCUGUUACGAACUGCUGCUCCAUACCACGCCGUCUACAGAAUUAUCGGCCUCACCCCCUUUACAGUGGACGCUACAGAUUGCUGUCUGCGGCAAUCACCUUGCACUGUAGCGUACGCCGCGAUCGUUCUUGUCCUGUGUUUGGCUGCAUCAGUAAAUGUGGUACACUUCUUGACCAUCGGUCAAGAGCACAUUUCUGCCCUUAGGUUCCUGUGGCUAACAGGGACAGCAAUAGCAGCUUGUCUGAUGGCCGUUGUGCCUGUAGCUACAGAUCUCUUCGUUAAUACCAGCAGAUACCAGAGAAUACUCAGCCUGUUGUCUUACCGAGACACUGAAAUUUUGGAAUUAAAGCACUCGUCUAAUAAACGCGUGACAUUUGGCUGCAAACCUCUAUACGUAACUUCGUUUGUUCCCUUUCUGUGCAUUGUAGUGCGGAAUGUAUUGCAGAAAAGAGGUCUUUACAUUACAGCUUCUAUGUUUCUUAUGCAAGUUGUCAUGCUGGCUGCAGUCUCAAAGUACAUUAUUUUAGUCAUGCUGGUCACGAAUGACUUGCGAUGCCUGGAAGAGACCCUGAGGGCAGUGAAGCGGCCGCAUCCAGGCGCGGCUCACUUCCGCGCGCUGCGCAGAGUCUACAGGGCGGUGUGCGGCGCCUCCCACGAGGUGCUGGCAGCCCACCAGUGCUUCCUGGCGGUGUUCACGGGCACGCUGCUCGUCUCCACGUCGUGGCACACCGUCUGCUUCCUGCUGUGCUCAGGCCGCCAGCUGCAGCAGGUCGUGUUCGUCGUGUGGCACACAUCGCUGUUGCUCUCGGUGCUGGUGUCUUCACACGCGCUCUACGGGGCGCAGGCGUCGAUCGCCGCCACGGUGUGCAGGCGUCUGCAAGACGUCCGCACCGCCAGCCCGGAGGCAAAGGAGCUCCGCCACUUCCUCUUACUGGUACGGAGUCUCCGUCCGGCGCACCGCAUCUUCGGAGUGGUCCCUCUGGACCUAAGGCUGGUAGCCGCCUUCCUGUCAACGUACACAACAUACACAGCGAUUCUAAUGACUUUUUAA